AUGAUACACUGGGUUGAUUCCAUGGCUGCAAGGGUUGCAUUACUGAUGAUGUUUGUGUGUUGCACUUCUGGUAAUUUUAAUGGAGUUCGAGCACGAAAGUUAUCGAUUGAAGAAGAUUCAGAGUUGGAGAAGGAACUCAGACUUCUAAAUAAGCCAGCGAUUGUUACUAUCCGGACAACAUAUGAAGAAAAAUAUGAUUGUGUGGAUUUUUAUAAGCAACCGGCAUUCAAUCAUCCUUCAUCGAAGAAUCAUAAAUUUGAUUAUAAUGAGGUGAGAAGACAAAACUUGUAUCCUAAAGGGAUGAGAUUUGAAGAUUCCUCAAUUACUCGUCAACAAUAUUUUAAUACUUUGUGGUUAAACGGUGAAGGAUGUCCCGUUGGUACUGUCCCCAUUAAACAAAUUACAAAAGUUGAUCUUAUAUCUCAACAAUACAGACCUCUUACCAGUGGAGAACCUGGCACACAUUAUGCUAUAUUACGCACUAAUGACGGCACGACAAAGAAGUUUAAGGGAGCAGGAAUGGAUACUGGGUCAUGGGUGAAGCUUCAGAUAAUCACAGCUAUAACUAACCGGACUCACCUUCAAUUGUCGAAAGACCUUCAAGGCUUAAACAGAAUAAGGUCCAAGGUGUUAGUUCCUAAUAACAGAGCAAUAAAAAGCAUGACAAUGAGAAUGAGCUUGCUUCUAUUACAGAAUCCAAGUGGCAUCACUGCCUAUCCACAAGAGUGA